UUUCCCCCAAGUUCAACAUUGUACUUCAUUCAUCAACCAAUACUCGAUAUGACCACCUCUGCCUACUCUGACCUCAUCGGUCGCGCAGAAAAGCUCGUAAAAGCUCACAUGGCCAAAUAUGACCCUUCGCAUGACUGGGCACACGUGGACCGAGUACGAAAGAUGGCGAUGACAAUAGCAAGGUCCAUGAUGGACAAUGGUCCCGAUUUGCUGAUAGUAGAAUUGGCUGCUCUCUUUCAUGAUCUUUCUGACUACAAAUACGCAAAACCAGGAUCCCCAACUCUCCCCGACUUGCUCUUCCCCAUUCUCCAGCUUCAGAUCCCCGACGAAACCAUCGACCGUAUCCUCUCCAUCAUCCCUGCCGUCUCUUACACUGCUGAAACCGCUCUUCUGGCAGCUGGCAAAUGGACAUGGCAGAAAGACUGUUUGGAACUACAUGCUGUCCAGGAUGCAGACAGACUGGACGCUAUCGGUGCGGUUGGUAUAUUGAGGUGUGCAGCUUAUAGUGGAGCUACGAAACGGGUAUUGGUGGAAGAUGAAGAUACUGGAGGCAAGAGUGCAGAAGCGCAUUUUGAGGAAAAGUUGUUAAAAGUGAAGGAUAGAAUGAAGACCGCUUUUGGGAAAGAAGAGGCUGAGCGGAGACAUCAAACUAUGGUACAUUUCCUUGCUUCCCUUCAAGCCGAAAAAGAUUGCCUUAUAUAAGCCCAUGUACACCAUGCAUAGUGACCACAUUCCCAUGUAAAUAACAACCGAGUUUUCCC